GCCCUUUGCAUGGCAUUAUUGCAUUGAGCAGCAGGCUGCUCCUGCAGUUCUUCAGGCGCGGUCGGGUCCCCACGUGGAUUCGCGGGUGCUGGUCACAUUGGCAGGCGGGUGCUGCAGGCUGAAGCGUGGGGCGCAGUGGCAGCUCCAGAGCGUCCUUGCAAAAGCAGCUCCGCGCCGCGGUGAGGCUCGCUCGGUUGCCGGCGCGAGAAAAAGGAAGCGGCGCCACCCUCUGCCGCGAGGCUCCGCGGCGGCUGCAGCAGCGAAAGGAUGCCGGCAGCUGUUGGCGAUGGGCUCCUGAGCGAGCCCCCAGCGGCGAGCUUCGGCGACAGCGGGGGUGAGCCCAAGAUGCCUCCCCUGGGUCCGGAGGGAACUUUCCUGGCGGCCUGGGUCAACGCGUCGGCGGCCCGCGAGCGGCUUCGCGAAUUCCAGCACAUCAAGCGCGUCGGCAACUACCUGAUCGGCAGGAAGUUGGGCGAGGGCUCCUUUGCCAAAGUGCGCGAAGGGAUGCAUGUAGUGACCGCAGAAAAGGUGGCAGUGAAAGUCAUUGACAAGAAAAGAGCCAAAAAGGAUACCUAUGUCACCAAGAAUCUGAGACGAGAGGGGCAGAUCCAACAAAUGAUACGGCAUCCUAAUAUUGCUCAGCUGCUAGAUAUCUUGGAAACUGAAAACAGUUACUACCUUGUCAUGGAGCUAUGCACUGGAGGCAACUUAAUGCAUAAGAUCUAUGAGAAAAAAAGACUAGAAGAGCAUGAAGCAUGCAAAUACAUUUUGCAGCUAAUUCUAGCAGUUGAACAUCUACAUCGUGCUGGGGUGGUUCACAGAGACUUGAAGAUAGAAAAUCUCUUGCUAGAUGAAGACAACAAUAUUAAACUUAUUGACUUUGGCUUGAGCAAUUGUGCAAGUAUCUUGGGUUACUCUGAUCCUUUCAGCACACAAUGUGGCAGUCCAGCCUACGCAGCACCAGAGCUUCUUGCAAGGAAAAAAUAUGGUCCCAAAAUAGAUGUUUGGUCCAUCGGUGUGAAUAUGUAUGCAAUGCUGACGGGAACACUGCCAUUUACUGUGGAACCGUUCAGUCUGAGAGCUUUGUACCAGAAAAUGGUUGACAAAGAAAUGAAUCCCCUCCCCACUCAGCUCUCCACAGCAGCUAUAAACUUCCUACGAUCUCUGCUAGAGCCAGAUCCUACAAAGAGGCCAAACAUCCAACAAGCUUUAGCAAAUCGAUGGCUUAAUGAAAACGGCAAACCAUUAAACAGUGUCACAUAUCCAAACAGAAUCCACGUAGAAGAUAUCAGCCAAAGUGUGCUGCUCUACAUGACUGAAAAACUGGGCUAUAAGAACAGUGAUGUAAUCAAUACUGUCCUUUCUAACAGAGCUUGUCACACUCUUGCCAUCUAUGUCCUACUUAAUAAGAAACUGGAACAGUAUUUGGCAGGCCUUAGAAAAGCAGACAUUCCUGAUAAUGUGUACAUGAACCAAUUAUGUUGGAUAGAAAAAUACAAAUCAAAUAAGGAUUCAUAUGAGGACAAAAAGGUCAAAGAGCAAGAAACAAAAGAGGAGCAUUUUCACCCACUCUUGAAGAAAUCUGAGAAAACUCCUCCUUCCUACAAAGAGCCUUCAUCUAGCCUUAUGACACAGAUACAAAAUGCCAAGGCUCUGUUGAGUGAUCACAAAACCACCCAGGGCAGUACUCCAGAAAAAGACUCUCCUGGUGGUCUGAGCCCUUUCCAUGAAUCAGCAACAGCCAAGACAGGUUGUGUCACUUCUUAUUCUUUGGAAUACUUGGAAAUUCAACAACCUAUUCCAAGAACUCCAAGGCUUUCAAAACGUCAUGAUUCCCCUCAACAAGAGCCUUCAAGCCCUGGAAGCCAGAAUUUGGAUUCUCCUCUAAUUCUGAACAUUGUACAUUCUUUUGAAACUGGUGAUAGAGAGGACCAAAUAGAUCAACUGUCUCCCACUCACCAGUAUCGAAUCCUAAGCUCACCAGUAAAUUUUGGUCGCAGAAGCUCCAGUGAAAGGACAUUGUCUCCACUCUUCCAGCCUGGAGGCACUUCUCCCAGUCCUACUAAAAGUCCAGUUUACCCCACUCAAUUGUCUUUCACAUAUGACGAAAAGACCAGUUCUUUUAGAGAGGAAACGGUGUCUCCAACCCAACUAAAUAACACCUCUAAUCCCCUGGGGAGCCCUAACUGUGUGAAAAGCAGAGGCCGAUUCCCAAUGAUGGGCAUUGGACAGAUGAUGCGGAAAAGGAACCAGUCAGUAGGAUCACCCACUGAGAAAACUUUGGAAGCAAGAAUGCCUCAGUUACAGCAAAUGAGUCCAACACAAAUUUCAUUCAACAUAUUAGACCCCAUAAAUGGCCAGUGUUGAAGAAACCUUUUCAAAAGGCUAAGAUUAAAUAGCACUGAUUUCUGAAACUUGCUUUUCCCUUAGAAGUAUUUAAUUGGAAUCACGAUGUUUUCUCUGUAUAUUCUGAUCACAUUCAAUUUUUUAAAAAAUCACAGAGCCACAUAUUUUAGUGGGCGUUUGAAUACUGAGGGAAGGACAAACUGUUUGAGUGUGAAGACUUGCUGUGUUUUAAGGGCCUCUCUAAUCUUUCUGUGUAAGGUCUUUUUUGCUGUAAUCUUAUGUCAUACAUUUGCCAGCAAAAGGAUAUUCUGCCUAAAAGAUCAACACGGACAAUGAAAAUACAAUUUCUUAAACCUGCUGUUUGGAUUCUGACACCAUGGCAAAUGGGCUUAUUGUUGAAUCGUUAUCAUCUCUGUUUCAGUUACACAGCUAUUGAUCAUAUUACUCAAAGACAGGAACAAUAAUAAAGGACCAUGAGUUUGUUUACGAUUCUCAAGCAGACAUAUUUUCCAAAUCCACAUCCAGAAUGGAGAAGGAACAUAACAGCACAAAAUACAAACAUUCAGAACAAUACACUGACAAUCAAAGCAGCUUUUAUUGUCUGAUCCUUUGCCUACUCUACCAGUGUAUAUUUUCUCUAAAGAAAAUGUCCAUUUGAUAAAAAAAUAUUACUGUAAAGAGACUAUUAUCAUCUCAGAAACAGUUUAGCUGUAAAAAAAAAUUGUGUUUAUACUCUUCUUCUCAUCCUAAGACUACCUAUGAAUGCUUGAAACAAUAGUCCAGAUUUCUAGAUGCUGUACUGUCAAAAAAAUUUUUGAUCAUCUCUUCUUUGUUUGGUUGUACCAUUUCUGUGGAACUGCUCGGGGGAAAGUGUAUAACCUCUGUUUUAGCAAAUCAACAUUGAACAUACUUGAAAGUGUUGCUGAGAAACUGCAGUGUAUUAAAAGGAGUUAUCAGGCAGACUGAUCUGCUAACUCCAGUGCCAUUUGCAAAUGGCAGGCUCUUCAAUGCAGUUGGUAUCAAAAAUUCAGUAGUACUACAAACUGUGAAGGUUAUAUUUUGCAAAAGGAAAACAUGUUCUGAACCCUGCAGCUCUUUCUAUUUCAUAGUAAAGGAAGUAUAUGAAUAAUAAAAUAGGUUUUUUUUUG